AGCAGAAUACAGUCUGUUGAAACUUACAGACUGCUUUUAAGAGACGAACACUUGUGCUAGCAUCACAUCCCGGUUUUCCCGCAUGGUUUGAACGGGGAAGGAUAUGCAGAAGGAGUCAGAUAUCUUCCGAAACUCGAACAGAGCUGUGCUGCGUCGCGCACACACUAACACUGAGCCCUCACACCACUGCGCUCAUAUACAAACUUUCAACUGCUCUUCGACUGUUACAGCAUUAUUACUGGAUGCACGGACACUGUGGAAAUCGGACACUGUUUCAGCUCCGUGAACUCUAUGAUAAAGCCACGCCACUGCACUGAGCACGACUGAAAGCGUGUGUGUGGUGCACCAGCUCUCCUCAGGACUACUAUCAGACUGAGUUUUCUUUGGCGACACGUUGGACUUUAGAGUGCUCGCUCUCUCGCUCUCAGACCGCUGUAGCGAUGGUCCAGAAAACAAGCAGCACGGAAAACCCCGAUGCGCUGUUUGCUGGGGACUCGUCCGAUUCCGGCGCGCUGGAUCUGGACAUGGCUUCUUCCCCGACCCCCGGCUCCACGGCAUCCGGGGGUGACAAGCUUGACCCCGGCUGGUGCAAAACCCCCAGCGGUCACAUCAAGAGACCGAUGAACGCGUUCAUGGUGUGGUCGCAAAUCGAGAGGCGCAAGAUUAUGGAGCAGUCGCCGGACAUGCACAACGCGGAGAUCUCCAAGAGACUCGGCAAGCGCUGGAAGCUCCUCAAAGACAGCGACAAGAUCCCGUUCAUCCGAGAGGCGGAGCGCCUGCGGCUCAAGCACAUGGCAGACUACCCCGACUACAAGUACCGGCCGAGAAAAAAGGUGAAGUCGAGCGGCUCCAAACCGAGCGAGAAGGGAGAGAAGCUCAGCGGGAGCAGCUGCGCCAGCGCCGGCUCGAAACCAGCCUCGAAGAAGAGCGGGAGCUCCAGGUCCACGAGCAAGCCGCACAGAAUAGUCCUGACCGGCGCCAAGGCAGCGUUCCCCGCGGAUCACCACUCUCUUUACAAAUCCAAGUCCGCGUCGGCUUCCAAGCAGAUUCCCGACAAGAAGGCGAAGCGGGUGUACGUUUACGGAGGCGGUAGCGGCAUAAGCCCGUCUUCAGCAGCCGUGCCCGGCAGCCCGACCCUGAGCAGCUCCGUCGAGUCCAGCGACCCGCUGAGUCUGUACGAGGACGGCACGAGCAGCGGCAAGGAGGGCGCAGAUUCCCCCAGCAGCGCGUCCUCGGACCGCCACCGGUACACCGGCAUCCGGGCGUCCUCGCCCGCUCCGUCCGGGUCGCACUCCUCCUCCUCCUCUUCAUCGCAGUUCUCCUCUUCCUCCGACGAGGAGCUCGACGAAGACAUGCUGGACGUUAACCCGAGCCCAGGCUUUGACAGCAUGUCCAUGGGAAGCAUCGGCUCGUCGGUGCUGGACAGAGACUUCGACAUGCACUUCGAGUCCGGGGCUUCUCAUUUCGAGUUCCCCGACUACUGCACGCCGGAGGUGAGCGAGAUGAUUUCUGGGGACUGGCUGGAGUCCACCAUUUCUAACUUGGUGUUCACGGCUCACGUGCUGAACUAGGGGAAAUGCGUCUGAGGAAGAACACUGAACACAAGGGAUAACAGACAAGUGUGUUUGUUUGUAAAAUAAGCCGCAGUGUGAAGGCUCCAGAAGCUGAACAGAUGCUGCGGUGCUUUGGUGAAACGCGGACAGGAUGGAGAAGCGAAGCCGCGCGUCAGACGCUUUGUCGCGGCAGGGCGGAGUCAUUUCCCCGCGCUCGGAGCGAGAGGAAGAAAUCCACCAGAAGUGCUUCGAGAAAACACGUUCUGAACUGGAAAACUGUGAUUGAUUUGCACGUACAUGAAGGCGGCCUUUGGUCGCCUGUUUAAUCGUUUUUACUUCGAAAGAGACGUUUAUGAACAUUCGCCUUGUGGACUUGAUUGUUUAAAGAGGUACUGAUAUUUAGGCUGAUUUUCAGCGCGGUGGAUUUAUUAAUAAGGUGGGUUGACAAAAGACAAGCCGUUUUUACAUGGGGGGGGGGGGGGGGGGGGGCAUGUUAUCUGUCGUCUCUUGUAUCGAGAUCUCAGUUAAACUAGCGUUAGGAUGAUUUAAAUGGAUAGAUGGCGCUAUGUUUGAUUUCCUACUCGCAGAAAAAAAGAAAGGAAAAAAAAAUCACCAGCUGUUUUCAUUCUUACCUUCAGGAUUCAAACACAAACUCAAAUCUGUGCUGAACUUUAUAUACUACUCUCUACAAUUCAGGACCAAACUGUUAAUUUCGUCAUGGCUGUGUUCUUUUCUGUUCUUCAGAUGCCAUUUUUAUAUGGAUGUAUUUAUAUUGAAACAGUUCGUCUUAUUUUGUGUUCCUGUAAGAACCCGCAUCUGUCUGUCUCCUUCUCCGAAGAAGGGCUAGAGUUUUCACCUUUGUUUUUAUAUUUAAAUGUAGACUUUUGACACUUACAGAGAGGAAACGUUUGAUUAUUUUCUCAGUGUAUUUUUGUACAAAUAUAUAUAAAGGGGGGGUUUUCUAAUUUGAAGAGCCAGUUUGGUCUGAAUCGACCUCCUGUUUCAUGUUUACAGUCUCAAUCUGCAGGCGUCUUAAAAACACACACACACACACACACACACACACACACACACACACACUCCAAAAACACAGUUCAAGCCAACAUGUGCUUCGUUUUUACAUUUUCCCUGAUCGUGCCGAAUUAAACCGAUUGUAGCUUUAAAACGAGCGGUUUUCUUGACGUUUUAUAUCUAAUAUCUAGUCGUUACACAUAUUCAAAUGGUCCAUUUGAGUUUCGCGACGAUUAUGAACUGCGUUCCUCAUUGUAUUUGAAUAUUUAAUCUUUUCUACUUGUCGGAUAAGUAUAGCUAAUUGUUUUAGUAUCUUAAGGCAUGGUGAAUAGAUUUGUAUUUCCGAUUCAGGUUUAUAGCUGUUGUGUAAAAAAAAAAAAGGAAAAAAACCCUCUUUGUACAGCUGUAUCAUAUAAAAGAUUGUGUGUUUUUGUAUGUUAUUGCGCUUUAUCUCGACAGGCACUAUCUUUAUACAUCCUUGCUUAGCCUUUUCUUAAUUUCAAGGUGCUUGUUAAGGAUUUUUAUAUAUACAGUUUAAAUAUAUGAACUUCCAUCCUUCCAUUCUGUGCAAUAUGCUGUGUAGAAAUCUUGUUAUGUCUAAUCAUGCCAACACAUGCCAGCUUAUCGUGUCAAGUCCCUGCCUGUCAGACUGUUCAUAUGCUCCUGUACAGAACUUUUUCAUAAAGGAAAUAAACUCAGCUGGAACUGAACCCUAAA